AUGGCCUCCAGCCCAGUUGGAGCUCCUAGCCCGCAGCCCUCUAGGGCCAAUGGGAACAUCAACCUGGGGCCAUCAGCCAACCCAAAUGCCCGACCCACAGACUUUGAUUUCCUCAAAGUCAUCGGCAAAGGGAACUAUGGGAAGGUCCUACUGGCCAAGCGCAAGUCAGACGGAGCCUUCUACGCGGUGAAAGUGUUGCAAAAGAAGUCCAUCUUAAAGCACAAAGAGCAGACGCACAUCAUGGCCGAGCGUAACGUGCUGCUGAAGAACGUGCGGCACCCGUUCCUCGUGGGCCUGCGCUACUCCUUCCAGACCCCGGAGAAGCUCUACUUCGUGCUUGACUAUGUCAACGGGGGCGAGCUCUUCUUCCAUCUCCAGCGGGAACGCAGGUUCCUGGAGCCCCGGGCCCGGUUCUACGCUGCAGAGGUGGCGAGCGCCAUUGGCUACCUUCACUCUCUCAACAUCAUCUACAGAGACCUGAAGCCAGAAAACAUUCUCUUGGACUGCCAGGGUCACGUGGUACUGACAGAUUUCGGCCUUUGCAAGGAAUGCGUAGAGCCAGAGGAGACCACAUCCACCUUCUGCGGCACCCCUGAGUACUUGGCUCCAGAAGUGCUUCGCAAAGAGCCUUACGAUCGAGCAGUGGACUGGUGGUGCUUAGGGGCAGUCCUCUACGAGAUGCUGCAUGGCCUGCCCCCCUUCUUCAACACAGAUGUGGCCCAGAUGUAUGAGAACAUUUUGCAUCAGCCGCUACAGAUCCCUGGAGGCCGGACAGUGGCUGCCUGUGACCUCCUGCAAGGUCUUCUCCACAAGGACCAGAGGCAGCGGCUAGGCUCCAAGGAAGACUUUCUCGACAUAAAGAACCACGUGUUCUUCAGUCCCAUAAACUGGGAUGAUCUGUACCACAAGAGGCUGACUCCGCCCUUCAACCCCAAUGUGGAAGGACCUGCUGACUUGAAACACUUUGACCCAGAGUUCACCCAGGAAGCUGUGUCCAGGUCCAUUGGCUGCACCCCUGACACCAUGGCCAGCAGUUCUGGGGCCUCAAGUGCAUUCCUUGGAUUUUCCUAUGCACAGGAGGAUGAGGACAUUUUGGACUCUUGAGACAUGCACUUGGAGCCACCAAGCCCAGCCAGCACCCGUGGGAACUACCUUCUGCUGCACUAAGACACAAUGAGUCCUGAAGGAGUAAGACACAGUGGCUCAGUGAACAGGGCGAGUGUUUUCCAUUACGUGAAGGAACAGUUCAGGGCUCAGGCCGGCUGAAUAGGGUCCCGAGUACCCAGCUGUCUGCAGUUCUGACUUGCCCUUCUAGAGAAAUGACUUCUGUGCUUGGUUCUUUUCAUUUUUGUUCAUUGUUGCUGAGGCUGUGACAAAAUAUGCAAGAAAAGUAAGGUAAAGACAUCUAUUUGGACUCACAGUUCCAGAAGGUCCAGCCCAUAGUUGGCUGAUCCAGACUGUGGUCUUUAGCCAAAGCAGAGCCAUCUUGCUGGAAGGAGUGGCUUCCAGGAGUAGAAGUCUGGGCUGGGAAUAAGAUACCUUCAGAUAAGAUACUCCCAAGUGAACUACUCCCAUCUAGCGGGGACAACCUCCUAGUUAUCGCCUCUCCAUGCUAUAAAAUUACAAAUCUAUGAAUGGAUUAAAUUGUUGAGGAAGCCUGAGCCCCUCCUUCAUUUACCAAAGGCUCCAUCAGCUGAACACAGGAACCUUCAGAAAACACUCAGAUCAGAACUGUGAUAGCUUUGAAUACUGCAUUGAGUUCUAAGAUCACAUGGACACUUUCGUGUUCUAAGCAAGGGAAAAGGAGGGACAGGACAGAAGGGGGUUGCCCAGAAGCCCUGUCUGGUGGCUUCCUUUAGUGUGUCAUAAAUCCUCCAGCUCUACAGCAAUGGAGCCUGGGCACAUAAGCUACCUCUCCUUGUAAAGGGUUCGAAUGCUGAGGGACAGGGGAGAAUGGAGAUGACCAGCGCUCUGGGAGGGGACCUCUUGGUAUCUGAAUUUUUAUUUCAGUGUAUAAAUUGAUGAGAUGUAGUCAGCUUGUCAUAUGUUGCCUUUGGCUUCACAUUGCUCUAUGUGGACGGUGUCUUUGUUUCAGGUGGUAUUAAAUGCACUGAA